AUGGGCGUGCGGCCUGGGCCCUGCGGGGGCGAGCUGCAACCCAUUUGGGUCUCGGAGCCGGGGUGCUCCAAGCUCACCAUGUCCCUGGAGACCAGCACCCGGGAGCCCUUCAAGGAGGAGUGCCAUGGCGCUCUGCUGGCGGCCCUGGAGCAAGAGGCCAAUCGCUUGGCCGCCGGGCCCAUCGCAGUCUUCGAGAUGGACAAGGCUGAGGCGGAGCAGAAGUACGGCGAGGCCAUCUACGAGCCGAAGAGUUCGCGCCCGGAGAAGUUGCGCUUGGCGCAUCUUCCGGGGGCAGUGCUGGUGGAGAUCCCCGGCAACUGGAGUCUUUGCAAGGACAUCAGCGACUGCGGCAAGAUUGAGUUUUUGGCCAAGGAGGUGGAGACUGGUUCCAAGAAGAAGCCCGACACCAUGAUCAUGGCCAAGAAGAAGCAGGUCCUGGUCAAGUUCCGCGUGCAAAACCCCGAUGCAGCCCCUGGAGACGUCAACGGAGCCUCCGCGUCAGAGGAUGUGGCAACGCCUUUGGCAGACGACAGCGUGCGCGUCACGGUGGUGGGAGUGGAUGUACCGGAUGAGUCGAAGGAGCCAGUUCAGGCUGCCAAAGCUGCAGCUGAGACCAAGGAGGACAAGGGCGAGAUGGUGGUGGACCCCUGGUCUGUCAAAGGCAAGAUCGACUACGACAAGCUGAUCCGGGAUUUUGGGUCCACCAGGAUCUCCGCGGAGCUGCUGGAGCGGAUACGCCAGCUGACGGUGGGAUCAGGUCGUGUGCCUGAGCUACACUGCUGGCUGCGUCGCAACAUCUUCUUCUCCCACCGCGAGCUGGAUGCCAUUUGCAGCCUGCAGGAGAAGGGGAAGCCUUUCUACCUCUACACCGGGCGUGGCCCCAGCUCCGCAGCGAUGCAUCUGGGCCACUUGCUGCCCUUCCUCUUCACCCAGUGGCUGCAGAAGGCCUUUGAUGUGCCGCUGGUGGUUCAGAUGACGGAUGAUGAGAAGUUCCUCUGGAAGGGCGAGUACGACCCGGAGACGGGAGACAACCUGUCCAUGUAUCGGCAAUUCACCAUUGAGAACGCAAAGGACAUCAUCGCCUGCGGCUUCGACAAGAGCAAGACCUUCAUCUUCUCCGACUGCGAGUACGUUGGACACAUGUAUCCGAACAUCGUCCGCGUAUGGAAGGCGAUCACCUACAACACGGCCAGAUCAGCCUUCGGCUUUGUGGGGGAGUCCAACAUCGGGCAGUCCGCCUUUCCUGCCAUCCAGGCGGUUCCGUCCUUCUCCUCCUCCUUCAGCAUACCCUUCGAGGGCAAUCAGCACUUGCCCUGUUUGAUUCCGUGCGCCAUUGACCAGGACCCGUACUUCCGGGUCACCCGCGACAUUGCGCACAAGCUGGUACCGAAGGACCACCCCUUGAAGGGCAAGCCUUCCUUGGUCCACUGCAAGUUCUUCCCGCCCCUCACCGGCGCCGACAGCAAGAUGUCUGCCUCUGACACCAACUCGGAGCCUUGCCUCACGUGUUUUUUCUUCUUUUUGUUGUUCAUGUUUCCCCUUUUUUACCAAGUGUAUGUGUUGUGGUGUUUUCUUACAUUUGCUUGA